CAUACACAUAACUAUGUCACGAUAACACUGUGCCGCGACCCCACUAUGCCAUCGUUUUUAUUAUUAAUUUGUAAAUAACUAUUUAUUAAAAUUAUUGAGUGGUCAUAUAUAGUAUUUAUAUAGCUUAAUUUAAAUAGAAGCUGUUAGAUAUGAAUAAAGAUUGCCAGAUAAAACAAGAGAUAUGUGUUAUAACUCAUGAUAAUGAUUACAUUGACGUUCCAUUAAGUAAAUCUGCAGUGAACUAUAACAGCCUUUUUGUAAAAAGAGAAGAGAAGAAAGAAGACGAUAAAAUAAUUAAAUGUUACUUUGAAACUUUAAAAGUUGAAGGGGACCUUUUACUUGAUUAUAAAAAAAUUAACGAAGUGAAUUCUAAGCCACUGUUUGUUUGCCACCAUUGCCAAGAGAAAUUUAUUUUUAAAAAAGAAAUUAUCCGUCAUUUAACGAAUUUUCACAAUAAUAACUCUAAUUCUGAUUUUAAUUCGGGAAAAAAAAAUUCUCCCCAAAGUCAAGUGGAAUGCUCGGAUUGUAAAAAUACUUUUAACAGUAAAUUUAUACUCAAUAGACAUCGUAGGAUACACACGGGACUUAAACCCUAUGGAUGUGUUACUUGUUUAAAAAAAUUUUCCCGAAGUGAUAUUCUUAGAAAGCAUCAGGAACAAGAACAUAAUUAUAAGAAAUAUUAUAAAUGUCAAUUUUGUUCGAAAUCAUUUUGCCGUAAGGCUAACCUUUUAAAACACAUAAAAGUAAUGCAUAUCAAAGGUAGUGCAAUAGUGUGCCAAGUAUGUUAUACACAUUUCACCAAAAAGGCUAAUCUCACUCGACAUAUGAAUAAUGUACACUCAAAUGCAGAGCAAAAAGGUAAACCUACUCGUUGUUUUGAAUGCAACGAGUGCUCGAAAUCAUUUAUGUCCAAUGCAGAUUUAAAACGACACAAAUACGUUCAUAGCGGUAUGAAACCUUUUAAGUGCAAUAUAUGUUUAAAAUCGUUUUCUCAGCGUAUAUCACUCACAAUACAUUUACGUAUUCAUACUGGAGAAAAGGUGUUUAAAUGUGGAAAGUGUUUAUUACUAUUCUCUCGAUCUGACAGACUGAGAGCUCAUGCUGUAUCAAAUGUAUGCCAAAUGUGGGUCGAUGAGAAAUCGAUCCUUUGAUAAUCAUCUGUUAUAUUAUGUUUUAACAUUAAUACUUUUAAAAUAUAGGUACCUACUAGAUAUAAAAUAAUAAGUUUUAAUUUUAUUUACAUAUAAAUUAAUAGAUAAUAUAUAAAAGGCGUAUUUCAGUUUUGCUGUCCAGGAUUAAUUAAUUUAUAAUAUUUUAAUGCUACUAAAAAUUUUAAUUUUUCAGAUUUCAAUUUAUAAAGAUACCAUAUUUUGUUUAAGUUGAAAAAGUCAUUUGAUUAUAAGAUAUGGCCCUUAAAAUGUACUGUCUCAUAUUAUCGCCACCUUUGGUCUCUUCUAAAUACGUCAAUGUCGUACAUUAUCGACUUUCGAUUUGUGUGGUUGUGCAUAAUGAAUUAUCGUGUAUUUCAAAGUUCAUUUUAUCCAAGGGUUUGAAUUUAAUAAUAAAAUUUAGUAACCCUAAAGUUAAAGAAAUGCCUCACUAAAAAGGGAGAAAUCGAGCAUUUAUAAAUCACAACGCAAAUGAUGUGAUAAAAGUUGCGUAGGACAAAAAAAAAAAAAUGUAAAAAAAACGGUAGCACAGUGGGGUCACGCCACAGUAUGGACGUGGCAUAGUUGGUACAAGUAUAGAUGGUAUCUGACAGUGAUUAAAAUCAUUAUCAUAAGAAACGCUUCGAUGCAAAUCUGUAGAUAGUAUUGAAUUGUGAGAUAUUGAUAAAUUAUUUCAAAAGCAAUAAUAACUCUUAUUCCCUUAAUUUUAUCCCGAUUAGUUAUUUGGUCUCUAAUUAUAAUAUAUGAAUAAAUAAUAAUAAUAAUUAAAUUUAGUAUGAAAUUGAUAUUCAAUAACUCAAU